GUCAGCUCUAGAAAUCGACAGAAACGCAUUAUAUCGUCAUUAUUCCAAAUAAUACCAUACUUACAGAGUCACUACUAAAGUGAAGAAAAUAACCCUGCAGGCUGCAGCAUCCAUUUCCUUCACCCAGCAAGGUCUUCAACAAGGCGACGUCAACUAUAUGUCAUAACAUAUAUUCGCUUAUGAUGAGGGUAUGGUUUAGUCUCUUUGUUUAAAGAUUUUAUACAAGCAACAAGCUAUGUAAUACGCAGUGUCGCAGCAUUUGCAUGUACCCAUUUCUAAAGCAAGCGCAAGGCCCUCGCAGAACUUCGCUGUCCUAUUACUCUAACCUGAUAGAUCACUGUUUAGCACUAAAGUCGUUAAAUUUUGCCAAAGUCAUCCACGCCCAGUUGAUAAAAGUGGGAUUUGAUAGCCAUACUUUUCUGGGUAAUCGCUGUCUCGACCCGUACUCUCAGGUUGGCAGCGUUAAUGAUGCCUUGAAAGUUUUUGAUGGCAUUUCCGACAAGAAUUGUAUAUCUUGGAAUGUUUGCCUGAAAGGGGUGUUAGGACACGGCCAAGUUGAAAGGGCAGGUCGUUUGUUUGAUGAAAUGCCUGUUAGAGACGUUGUUACUUGGAACACGAUGAUUUCAGGUUAUUUUUCGUGUGGCUUUGUUGAUUAUGCGUUAAAAACUUUCAUGGAAAUGCAAAAUGCUGGUGUGAGACCAAGUGGGUUCACCUUGUCGAUUCUGUUGUCGCCUGUGUCGUGUGCUCGUCAUGGUAAGCAGAUUCAUGGCUGUAUGAUUCGGCAUGGUCUGAAUUUAUCUAAUGUGGUGCUUGGGAAUUCAUUAAUUGAUAUGUAUGGCAAGCUAGGUCUUGUUGAUUAUGCUUUUGGUGUGUUUCUGACCAUGGAGAAGUUGGAUAUGAUCUCCUGGAACUCUUUAAUUUUAGUUUGUCAUAGAUCUGGGUACAGAGAAUUGGCACUGGAUCAAUUCUGUUUAAUGAGAACCACAGAGCAUUCUCCCGAUCAGUUUACUGUAUCAACAGUCAUCAGUGUCUGUUCAGACUUGCAAGAUUUGGAAAAGGGUAAGCAGGUUUUCGCUUUCUGCAUCAAGGUGGGAUUUAAUUCUAAUAGCAUUGUAUCAAGUGCUGUUAUUGAUAUGUUUUCUAAAUGCAACAGAUUGGAGGAUUCAGUCCAGCUUUUUGAAGAACUAGGUCAAUGGGAUUCAGCACUUAGCAAUACCAUGAUUCCAAGCUAUGCAGCACAUGGUUUUGUGGAGGAUGCUUUGCAACUCUUUGUGUUGACCUUGAGGGAGAACCUCAGGCCGACUGAGUUCACACUAAGCAGUGUUCUAAGUGCUGUUUCCACUUUCCACCCACCAGAACAGGGUAGUCAAAUUCAUUCUUUAGUUAUUAAAGUGGGUUUCGAGUCAGAUUCAGUUGUUGCUAAUUCACUUGUGGAAAUGUAUGCUAAAGUUGGGUCCAUUAACUUUUCCAUGAAAAUCUUUUCUAAUAUGGGUGUACGAGAUUUGAUAUCCUGGAACACAAUAAUUUUGGGUUUGACUAACAAUGGUAGAGUGUAUGAGACCCUGGACAUAUUUAAGGAACUAAUUCAGGAAGGUCCUCCACCAGAUCGAAUAACUCUAGCUGGAGUGCUAUUGGCUUGCAAGUAUGGGAGUUUUGUUGAUGAUGGAAUGAUUAUUUUUUCAUCAAUGGAGAAGGAAUAUGGAGUUCUACCCAGGGAUGAACAUUAUGCUUGCGUAGUGGAGUUGUUGAGUCAAGCUGGUAAGUUAAAAGAAGCAAUGGAUAUUAUACAUGCAAUGCCUUAUGAACCUAGUUGUAUUAUAUGGGGAUCAAUUCUUCGUGCUAGUCUGAUUCAUGGAGACUUGAAACUCACUGAAACAAUUGCAGAGAGGAUGAUGGAGUUUGAACCGCAGUCGUCUCUACCUUAUUUGGUAUUGGCUCGGUUAUAUGAGAUGAGGGGCAGAUGGGAGAGUAUGGUUCGGGUAAGAAAGUCCAUAGAACAUAAAGUUGUCAAGAAGGUCACUGGAUGCAGUUGGAUUUGGAUAAAAAAUCACAUACAUAUGUUUAAGACAAACCAAUUACAGCAUCAUGGAGGGAAAGAAAUUUAUUUGGUGUUGAGAUUGUUGAUUUGGGAGAUAGAGGAUAAAGGUUAUUUCUGACAAUGGUGUGAGAAAGCGGGUGCUGAAGUGGGAGGAAGAGUGAAGUGGGCAGGACAACAAGAGUCCUUCAUGUUCACAUUAACUGAUACAGCUAUUGGUAUAUUUCUUUUUGAGUUUAUUUAAAGACCUUGGUAUACUUUGUGCUUAUUAAUUUCAAACACAAAAGUUCAUGAGGGUAAACUUCUUUUCACUCAGAAAAUUUGGGUAAUGCUUCAUUUGUGUAUUUAUGGUUCGUUUGAGUAUGACAAGUGUUGUCAUCUUCUGGCAUCCCUUUAUCUGUAUAUUUAGUCUAGUUCUCUUUGAGAUAGGUUUCCUCCCUAUUUCAAACUCAAAAAAGAAUUUGGAAACAGCACAUCACCAUUAUUCUUACAGCGAUCCAAGUAGUUUCUUGGUGAUCCCUAUGGUUUCUCAUGGAACACUUUGGGAGUUUUGAUAUGAUUUCAUUUUGGCUCAGUAGACUACUCUAUCUUGUAAGAAUAUCACCAAAUUAAUCCGCAAACGAUUAGCAAACUAAUAGAAAUAUUAAAGGACAGAAUGCAGGUCAACAGGUCAGGAAAAAUGGUCAGCAUUGAAGUCCAAAUUACUGCUGGCUUUCCAAUUAAGCAGGUUACUGUACAAGAGGUAGCCCUGUAAAGCAAGUUGGGUUAUACUUGAGAGGUAUCUGAUUUCACUUACACAUGUCACUUAACUUAGAUAAUCCUUGAGAGUUGGUUUUUGUGGAGUAUUCCUUUGCUAAUGUUUUUCUCUCAUCCUUCAGCCCAGUUUGGUGCUGCAUUAAUGAUCUUUAAAGUAGUUGAAUUUUCAGUUUCAUAUGUAUACUAUUCCACUGUCGAUCUUCAUAGUGUAUAUUAUUUCUCUUUUAAUUUUUCAAUGAAAGAAGAUAAAUCUGUUUUA